AUGCCUCCGCUCUGGGCCCUGCUGGCCCUUGGCUGCCUGCAGUUCGGCUCGGCUGUGAACCUGCAGCCCCAACUGGCCAGUGUGACCUUCGCCACCAACAACCCCACACUUACCACUGUGGCCUUGGAAAAGCCUCUCUGCAUGUUUGACAGCUCAGAGGCCCUCACUGGCACCCACCAGGUCUACCUGUACGUCCUGGUUGACUCAGCUGGCUCCAGGAAUGCCUCAGUGCAAGACAGCGCCAAGACCCCACUGGACUCAACGUUCCUACAAACAGAGGGUGGGAGGACAGGUCCCUACAAAGCCGUGGCCUUUGACCUGAUCCCCUGCAGUGACCUGCCAAGCCUGGAUGCCGUUGGGGAUGUGUCCCAGGCCUCACAGAUCCUGAAUGCAUACCUGGUCAGGGUGGGCGCCAACAGGACCUGCCUGUGGGACCCCAACUUCCAGGGCCUCUGUAACCCACCCCUGUCGGCUCCAUCUCCUUCCAGGUUCAAGUAUGUCCUGGUCAACAUGUCCACGGGCUUGGUAGAAGAUCAGACCCUGUGGUCAGACCCCAUCCGCACCAACCAGCUCACCCCAUACUCAGCGAUCGACACGUGGCCAGGCCGGCGGAGCGGAGGCAUGAUCGUGAUCACUUCCAUCCUGGGCUCCCUGCCCUUCUUUCUACUUGUGGGUUUUGCUGGUGCCAUUGUCCUCAGCCUCGUGUAAGUACCCAGCUGGGAGGGCUGGACCCCAGGGACACGCCAGACACAUUCGGCUUGUAGGGACUCAGCAGCAGGGUCCUCCAAGGCAGGGGACAGCCCGGAAGGCAAGGAAGCUACCCUCUGCCCUGUGGGUGGUGUCUGGUGA